AUGGCUUCCAGCCUUCUCCUCCACCCGAGCAGCGCGUCCCUCAAAAAUCUCGUACCAUCCGGUUCCUUCCUCCAGCAACUUCUCGAGGAGAUCAAUGGCUCAGGCACAGCAAACAAACUCCAUGAACAACCAAGUGCUCAAGCAACGCCGCGGUCGAAUGCCAGCUCGAAUGGAAGCGCACGGGCGUCAUCAGUCUAG